CUAUUUCUGAUUAGCCAGCUGUCCAGAUGAUGUGAGAGAUUCCCCGUUGUGGUGUUUUCUGCAGAGAAAUAAAUAAGCUAAGACCACUUCAAAUACAAGUUGUUUACUUUCAUAAUUUGCAGAUUCUUGAGAAAGAAAAGCUUUUGGAAACAUUAAAUCAACAAACUAAUAGCAAUCAAUAAACUACCCAUAAUAAACUAUAAAUAAAAGACAGGCCCAUAUUUUCCUUUAGAUGAGAAUUUGUGAUGUAGUGCUUUAGGAUUAUCUUUCAAUAAAAAUAAUUUAUAGUGAACUUUAAGGACUUGUCUGUGUGUUGAUAGUCAAACAUGUCUGUGUAGGCAGGUUCACCUAGGCAGUCAAAGCACGUGCUCUCUCAUUUAAUUAGUCUGUGCUAAACCUCUUUGAGGCAUGAAAUCAUUCCAACAGCAAUCCACACAAAUCUCCCCCCUCACUCAGCACAGUCAAAUUAGCCCACGUGCCCUUGAUCUCUGAAAACGUGCAUAUCACCGCAUCCAGUCACACCACGUCUGGCUCAUCCGCACCCUGAAAAACACGUACGUGCCAAUAUACAUGUGCUAGGUAAAAACUAAUCCUAAUCUGUCAUCAGAUCUCAACGACAGGAUUUUUCUGUUGAAGGUGAGCAGUGAUAUAUUCUCAUCCAAUCUGGCAUAAAAUCUCAUCAUCAUGAAAAGAUACUCAUCACGCAGUGAAUAUUUAAAAAUACCAAAGAUUUUCUUAAUUAAGGUGUGGGAAAAAUACAAAUGAUUGCUGUCAACACCCUAAACUGAGGUUAAUCCAAAUUAGUGUGUAAUUAUAAUGUGCACAAUGAAAAACUGCAACUACAGAAUUGUCUGUAUGGGAUGUUUAAAAAAUAUAAAUCACAAAAGAAAUAUCCCAAGAACAAAAUGUCUGUCAUUUAAAAGCAGGGGAUUUAGAGACUUUGGCGACACGUGCACAGGCAGUUAUCCUACUUUGAGACGACCAUUUUAUGAUGAGAUCAGAGAGGUGGAGGAGGAGAGAGCAGGAGAGACACAAAGGCAUCAUGACACAACAGGUUGGUGGCUCACCGUUUCUCAAGCCCUUCUUUCUGAAGACGCCUGUCAGAGUGGUGAGCCCCCUGCGACAGAGGCGACACACCCUCCCCGCCAGCGAGUUCAGGAACCUCACGCCACAGGACGCCAUCAGUGUGUUUGAGAUUGAGAGAGAAGCGUUUGUCUCUGUGUCCGGAGAGUGUCCACUUACCCUGAAUGAAGUGCUUAACUUCCUGGGCAAGUGCCCAGAGCUGUCGCUGGGUUGGUUUGAGGAGGGACAGCUGGUAGCUUUCAUCAUCGGCUCUGGCUGGGACAAGGAGAGGCUUUCACAGGAGGCAAUGACUCAGCAUGUCCCAGACACCCCCACUGUGCACAUCCAUGUGCUGUCAGUGCACCGUCACUGUCGCCAGCAAGGCAAGGGCUCCAUCCUCUUGUGGCGCUACUUGCAGUACCUGCGCUGUAUGCUGGGCCUCCGGCGGGCUCUACUGAUUUGCGAGGACUUCCUGGUGCCUUUCUACCUCAAGGCCGGCUUCAAGGAGAAAGGGCCAUCAGCCAUCUCCGUAUCCAACAUGCACUUCCAAGAGAUGGAGUACAUGCUCGGUGGGCAGGCGUACGCACGGAGGAACAGCGGCUGCUAGUCCAUCAGCCUCUAUCCCACUCUCCUUCACCUCGAACAUGGACUCAGGGUAGAAAAGAUAAACAAAACACAGCUGACAGAUGGACGGAUAGAGGCGCAGGGCCAGUAUGCACCAGUGGACUGGAUUCAAUAUUGGUAACAAGGUCUUACUGGACCUUCGAAUGUCAGCACAGUAUCCCACUGAACAAGGAGAGAGGACUGUGUGAGGACAGAGAGGACUAAGAGUCAUGCAACAAAAGGAACCAGUGGCUUUGCAGUUCAUAAUUUGACUUAUCAGACAUCAAAUUAUAUUCCCUGUGUUACCAGUAGCAUCUUGGCUUUUUGAGAUUAAUGUUGUUUUUCCAUUUAUUUAUUAUUUGUCAAAUCAUUCACAAUGCACUGUCUGUAAUGUAAUCAAAAUGUGUGAUGAAUUCAUAGUGUCAUUACUGUAAAAUAGAUGUACAUAUUGAUCAUGCAGCCACUAAAAAUGCUUGGAUUGUUGAUUGAAAAUUUGUAGCAGAAAUUUGUUGUUUCUUUUUUUAUAAUUUGAAUAAACUAUAAAACAAU